CCCACUGAGCAAGGCCAGGAGUCGAACCCACAUCCUCAAAGAUACUAGUUAGGUUUGUUACCGCUAGGCACUAUGGGAAUUCCCUAGACCACAGUCUCUUUUGAAGAACUUUCCUUUGGGGGGUCUGUACACUUAUUAUGCCUAUUCUUUUACUGUUGACAUACUCUGUGUGAAAAAGCUCUCUCACCCUCUCUCCUCCCAGCUUGUCCAGAAUCUAUGCACAGAGGAGGCUGCAGACCUAGCCUGAAGCUCAGCAGUAGGGUUCGAUAAGCAGAGCUUCUAAUAAGUCAUGAGGUCCCUGCUUAUCAGGUUCUCUCCCCAGGUGCCAGCCUCCAGCACUGUGGGCAUGCUGGGAACACCUCCCACCCAAGCCUUUGCCCUGGGUCCAGAGUCUGAGUCCUAUCUAGGCACUCACUGAAAACAGCUGAAGGCCACAGAGGUAGAAGUUCCUUGUUUUCCAGGGGCCUGUGACCACCAUCCCAACACCUGAAGCCAUGGCCAGCGGGGAAGAUGAGCCAAGGAACUGUGCUGUGUGCGGGGACCGAGCCACAGGCUAUCACUUCCAUGCCUUGACUUGUGAGGGCUGCAAGGGUUUCUUCAGGCGAACAGUCAACAAAAGCACCAGUCUCAUCUGCCCCUUUGCUGGAAGCUGUAAGGUCAAUAAGGCCCAGAGGCGCCACUGCCCAGCCUGCAGGUUGCAGAAGUGCCUAGAUGCUGGCAUGAAGAAAGACAUGAUCCUAUCAGCAGAAGUCCUGGCAUUGCGGCGAGCAAGACAGGUUCAGCGCCGGGCACAGCAAGCAUCACUGCAGCUGAGUAAGGAGCAGAAGGCGUUAGUCCAGAUACUCCUGGGGGCCCAUACCCGCCAUAUGGGCACUAUGUUUGAUCAGUUUGUGCAGUUCAGGCCUCCAGCUCAUCUGUUCAUCCAUCACCAGCACUUGCCACCCCUGGUGCCUGAACUGUCUCUGCUCAUGCAUUUCGCGGACAUCAACACUUUCAUGAUACAGCAAAUUAUCAAGUUCACCAAGGAUCUGCCCCUCUUCCGGUCCCUGCCCAUGGAGGACCAGAUCUCCCUUCUCAAGGGAGCAGCUGUAGAAAUUUGUCAGAUCGUACUCAAUACCACUUUCUGUCUGCAAACACAAAAAUUCCUCUGUGGGCCUCUUCGCUACACAAUAGAAGAUGGAGCGCAUGUGGGGUUCCAGGAAGAGUUUUUGGAGUUGCUCUUUGGCUUCCAUAAGACACUUCGGCGACUGCAGCUCCAGGAGCCUGAGUAUGUGCUCAUGGUUGCUGUGGCCCUCUUCUCUCCUGACCGGCCUGGGGUAACCCAGAGGAAGGAGAUUGAUCAGUUGCAAGAGGAGAUGGCACUGACUCUGCAGAGCUACAUCAAAGGGCAGCAGCCAAGUCUCCGGGACAGGUUUCUCUAUGCAAAGCUGCUGGGCCUAUUGGCUGAGCUCCGAAGCAUUAACAAAGAAUACUGGUACCAAAUCCAGAACAUCCAGGGACUGUCCACCAUGAUGCCGCUGCUCCAGGAGAUCUGCAGCUGAGGCCCAGUUUGCCUCCUUCCCCAGCCCACCUGCACAUGAUGGACUGUGUACGGCAUCCAGGGGAAAGUGCUGGGAGCCGUCAAAAGGGAGCCCACUGGUUGCAAUGAAAGAUUAAAGCAAUAACUGCC